UGGUUCGUCAGUGUUGAUUCACUUUGUCCCCCGCUAUUCCAUUAUCCGCGCCCAUGUCCGAGUCCUUCGAGUCCGAGGCGGCGGUGAUCCAUGAUCCCGCCAGCAUGGCGCAGGAACGGGAGUUUUACAAGUACUGCCAAUUGCCCCAACGCCCAGGACUGCUGCAUCGCCCGCCCACUACCCCCUCCUCCGAGGAAGCCGAAGAAGAGUUGCCUCAAUCCUCCCAAGACACCACUCUAACCGCCCUCGCUCAACUCGGUGCCUUGCGACUCAACGCUCGCCGCUGCAUGAUCUCCCUCUUCGACCGUCAUACUCAGUACAUCCUCGCCGAAGCCACUCGCACCCUCAGUCUUCAGGAUGAUCGCGUCCACAAGGAUGGCGAUGCUCUCUGGUUAGGGAGCAGUGCCAUUCAGAAGUGUGAUGGCGUCUGUCACUAUGUCUGCGAUUAUGAACAACUCAACGCCGGUGAAGAGUCACCGAGCAAUGGAGGGGGUCCCUUUGCUCUAGUCAUCCCUGACAUGACUAAGGACGAUCGAACCAAGAACCGCGGGUACGUCGUGAACGCCCCGUCACUCCGCUUCUACGCUGGCGUACCCAUCUUCAGCCGUCGCGGCAUCGUGAUCGGCGCUUUUGCCAUCAGUGACGGGCAGACGCGACCGGGCCUCGACGACCUGGAAUUGCGCUUCAUGAAGGAUACAGCCGCUGCAAUCAUGAACCAUCUUGAGAUGGUACGUUCUCAGCAACAGAACCUGCGCGGGGCCAACAUGAUCGCCGGUUUGGGACGCUUUCUGGAAGGGGGACUGUCCUUGCCUCUCGGGCUGCGUAGCAAGAGUACCGACAACCGGGACCUUUCGGACAAACAGCUGCAUUUGCGCUGGAACCAUGCUACACGGGCCCCCGGGUUUUCAUCGCCUCGGGAUCCCCGUGAGCGCCGGGAUUCGCGUGAAUCGAAAGAGCCGAGCGCCCCCAAGGAAGCGUCUUCGCCUUCAGGGUCGUACCUCAAUGCGACUUCGCAAAACAUGGCUAACGGUGAGAAAGGCUAUGAAGGGAGUCGCACUGCCGAUAAUGCCUCAAGCAAGAAGAGCCCUUUAAGUAAGACAUUAUCCAGUGGUACCCGAGAAAUCUUGAAUCGUGCGGCGCACGCCCUACGCGAAUCCUUGGAUGUGGAGGGAGUGGUGUUUUUUGACGCGAGUGUGCGCUCGUAUGGCGGGCUCAUGCAGAGCGGAGAGGCCCGCCAUUCCGAUCUGGAGAUCAGUACUACUUCCGGCUCUGGCGAGUCUGGUAGUGACAGCGAACACUCCACCGUCGGCCACUCGUCCACUGAGACCGAUGAGUCGGCGCUUUGUGAAGUCCUCAGUCUCUCGACCGACCCGGAGGAUGCGAGCUUUCCCAUUGGGUCCUUCCACGAAAGCUAUCUGCGGUCGCUUCUGCACCAUCAUCCUCGGGGUGGGAUCUUCAAUGUCGACGAAAAUGGAUGGGUCUCGUCCAGCGAAGGCAGUGAUGGGGCGACAGGGAAUACACUGACUCGCGAUAUUGUCUAUCGGCGUCGUGAGGCCACUCAGGGCGGUAAGAAUGGUCUCCGAAGCAAGCGGCAAAAGCUCACCUCCCGAGAUGAGUGCAAGGCCUUGCACAAGGUCUUUCCUCAAGCGCGGAGUGUACUUCUAUUCCCAGUGUGGGACUCGCGUCGCAAUCGAUGGUUUUCAGGGUUGUUUGCGUGGACGACUUCCCCGCGGGCGUUUAGCUCCCGGGGCGAAUUGGCCUACCUGUAUGCCUUUACCAACAGCAUCAUGGCUGAGAUUCAUCGACUGGAUAUCGAGCUCGCCAACAAGGCAAAUCGGACGCUGGUCAGCAGCAUCUCACACGAACUCCGUAGUCCCCUGCACGGUAUCCUAGGCAGCACCGAGCUGCUGACCGACUCCAGCAUGACGCCACCGCAGGUUGCUCUCGUGCAAACCAUCGAGAACUGCGGUCGCUCGUUACGUGACAUUAUUAACAACAUGCUGGAUUUCGCUAAGAUCAACCAAUUCACACGCAAGUCCCGAUCUGGGCGGUUGAAGGCAGGUCCGGCCUUGGCCCGACGACAGGCGAACUCCGGGCGAGCACUGGCGAAGAAGCGACCGAGCGAAGGCAUUGUCAACCUCAUCACCGACGUUCAACUCGACUCGGUCCUCGAGGAGGUAAUGGACACGGUUUUUGCGGGUCACUGCUUUGCCACCACUACCGGAUUCCUGGCCCAAGGGGGUCCUGUACUGACCGAUCAAGACAAGGAUGGCGACUAUCUAAUGGGCAAUACCCCACAGAAACCCCGGACCAACGAGCCCCUGACGGUCAUUUAUGAUGUGGAACCAGGAAUGACGUGGCUCUUCGAAACACAGGCAGGUGUGUGGAGACGGAUCUUGAUGAACAUUUUCGGCAAUGCGUUGAAGUACACACGGUCCGGUCACAUUGUGGUGUCUCUGAAAUCAGCUAAUUCUGCUGGUACCAAGCCCAAGCGGAUACCGUUUGGUGAUCCCUUCAAGCAUGAGGUGGCUGGGAUCGUCCUCAGUGUGAAGGAUACUGGACAGGGCAUCGACAAAGAGUAUCUCAAAAGCAACAUCUUCAAGCCAUUCUCCCAGGAGGAUCCCCUGUCUCCCGGAAGCGGCUUGGGACUUAGCAUCGUGUAUCAGGCGGUGCAAACCAUGGGAGGGAAAAUCGACAUCAAUUCCACUCGGGGAAUCGGUACGGAGGUAACAGUGAGUGUCGAUCUGCUGCGGAGCCCGAGCCCGGCUUCCAGUAGUGAUCGAGAGGCGCGCACAAUUCACAAAGCGCAGCAGUUCUCUCGGGGGAAGUCGAUUGGUUUGCUUGGGUUCAAUGGGCCCGAGAGGGCGAAGGAUGAGGGGCUUGCUCUGUUGCGGACCUCGCUCAGUAGCAUUUGUCAAGACCACCUUGGCAUGCAAGUCGGCAUGGUGUCGUGGGACUCGAGUGAUGCGCCGCUCUACGACGUCUACCUGGUGCAGCAUUCGGAUUUCGGUCGCGUCGAUAGCACCUGGGCCAGCAUGGCGGGAAAGGCCUUGACCACCGGGCAGGAGCCCAAGGGCCGACCACCAGUAGUCGUCGUAUGUCCCACUCCACAGGAGGCUCAGAAGAUGGCCACUACCGGUUACCGUAGCCCCUCGUCUGCCAUCUAUGAGUUUGUUAGCCAGCCGUGUGGACCAACCAAGAUAGCGACGGCGGUAAUGACCUGCAUCCAGCGGCGCGAGCAGCAGCAGACGCAGUCGGUGACGGCCAAAAUGGAUGCCACGCUGGAGGAGGAACCCGGUACGCAGCCAACCAAGUUCACAGCGGCCUAUCACGCCUCAACCACAGACGUACAGACUAAGACAUCGUCAGGUAUGGACAUUGCGCUGACCACCUCCACCACCAUGGUCUCGACGACCACAUCCAGCAAGGGGGAUUCAGUGACCAAGAUCUUAGCGAUCGAGACGACGAAACGAGCGCCUGCGGUCCUCCUUGUGGAUGACAACGAGGUGAACCUGAAAUUGCUGGUUGCCUUCAUGAAGAAAGCGAAACUCUCGUAUUUCACGGCAACCAAUGGCUUGGAAGCCCUGGAGGCAUUCAAGGCUAAUGCCGGACUGAUUCAGAUCAUUCUCAUGGAUAUUUCCAUGCCGGUCAUGGAUGGUCUCGAGUCUACACGGCAGAUCCGUCUCUUCGAGAAAGCACAGCAAGAACUUAGCCCGACGAGUAUGCCGACAGCCAAGCCCGCUGUGAUCAUUGCCUUGACCGGACUGGGCAGUGCUACCGUCCGCCACGAAGCUCUCACUCACGGGGUGGACCUGUUCUUGUCCAAACCGGUUCGAUUCCAGGAGCUGAUAAAGCACAUCGGCGAACUUGUUCAUUGACCUUUUCAACCCUGCCUUUCCUUCUCUUCUUCGACGCAAAAGUUCCCACAUACCCCUUUUUGUAUUGAUGCGCUGAUUUCUGGGUGAUGUAUAUAUACGUAUGAUGAGCAUGAUUUGGAAGGCGCACAAGAGACUUCCUUUGAUAAUAGAUAUAUACCAAUAUAUGUCAUAUAUCCUCAUUUGGACCUCCAGUAUACGCAGCCUAUGGAGAGUAUAACAGUUAAUUGUCAUCAC